AUGGGCACCAAGGAGGCAAUCGAUAUCCAUGCCGGAUCCGAGGGGUCGGAUAGUCCGCCCAGGGAGGACAAGAAAUCUCUGGACGAUGUUGGGCCAAAGGGAGCAGGUGAUGAUUUAGCUGAACCCGAGGAUACCAGCCGAAACAUUGGCUUCUGGGAAGCGCUCACGCCACGGAAAACGCCGAGGGAUCUCGACGCCAUCGCCACUGAGCGAAGCGUGUUUGACAAUCCUGAACUCGCGCAGUUCUACCAGCCCCGUCCCAACUACGAGAACUUCCACCGAUACGACCCCCAGGAGCGAUGGACUUUCCGCGAAGAACAGGCUGUACGCCGCAAGACAGACUACAAAAUCUUCAUUUGGAUCCUUGUCAUGUUCUUUGGACUCAACAUCGACAGAGGGAACCUCGGCAAUGCUCCAGCCGACAACUUGCUCGGGGACCUCGAAAUCAACACCAAUGACUACAACAACGCCCAGAACAUGUAUCGAGUUGGAUUCCUGAUCGCGGAGAUCCCUUCUCAGAUGAUAGGAAAGCGUCUGGGACCAGACCGGUGGAUACCCGUUCAAAUUAUUCUCUGGAGCAUAGCAUCCGGAGGUCAAUUCUUCAUGCACAACCGCGCCGGGUUCUUCGCCUGUCGUUUCUUCAUCGGCUUGUUCAUGGGAGGGUUCAUCCCCGAUUCGAUCCUUUACCUGUCAUAUUUCUACAAGAAGACAGAAAUGCCGAUUCGCUUGGCUCUCUUCUGGUUCGUUGACUCCAUGUCAGGUGUCGUUGCGUCUUUUUUGGCAUACGGGAUCUUACACAUGCGCGGCGUCGCCGGAAUAGAAGGCUGGAGAUGGCUAUUCCUACUGGAAGCACUGAUCAGCUUGGUGAUUGGAAUAUUAAGUUUUCUGUUUCUCGUUCCUGGACCAACACAAACAAAGACCUGGUGGAAUCCGCGCGGUUAUUUCACUGAGCGCGAAGAAAAGAUCAUCGUCAACAGGGUGCUCAGAGGCGACCCAUCAAAGAGCGAUAUGCACAAUAGGGAAGCGAUCACACUAUCAAUGUUAUGGAAAAGUCUCAAAGACUUUGAUCUUUGGCCUAUCUACAUCAUUGGUAUCCUCUUCGAGAUUCCAACCGCGCCGCCGAAGACGUACCUUACAUUGUCUCUGAAGGCGCUCGGCUUUACCACUUUCAACACUACGCUUCUCACCAUCCCGGUCACCAUCUUCGCAGCUAUCAACAUGUUAUGGGUCACAUAUUUGACUGAGCGCUUUCAUCAAAUCGCUAUGAUUGGUCUCCUUACCCAGAUAUGGGUUCUCCCUUUACUGAUCAUCGAGUAUACGUCCAUCUCAGAGCUCUCAUCAUGGGGACAGUACGCAUUGACGUUCAUCAUUCUUGGCCAGCCAUCAGUCCAUGCAGCUCAAGUUGGAUGGUGUUCUCGUCUGUCUAAUGCAGUCCGGACGAGAACUGUUAGCGCUGCUAUGUACAACAUCACCAUUCAGCUCUCUGGAAUCGCCUCAUCCAACAUCUAUCGCGAAGACGACAAGCCACACUACCGUCGAGGCAACAGGAACCUCAUUGCAAUUACAGUUGGCACAAUAAUAGCAUAUGCGCUUGCCAAGGUCUACUAUACAGCACGUAACAAGUACAAGCGGGAUCGCUGGAGCAAGAUGACAAGCGAAGAGAAGAGUUGGUAUCUCCAGAACAGUCACGAUGAGGGCAACAAGCGCUUGGACUUUCUAUUUGACAGCUAG